GCGCCGCGCCGAAACAAAAAUGGCGGCGGCGAUAAAAAGGCGACGGUUUGGGGCUGUCUGCUUGUUCUAAGCGGUGUGGAUCGGGCCUCUUGGCUGGCCGGAACCAAGGCAAGGCCGAGCGGAGAGUGGAGAGCUUCCGCAGCUACCUGGAGGGGUGGAGCCGGAGCCGGGUGGGGGUGCGGCCCGCGAGGGGAAGAGGCGGCUGAGCCGAGGACUGUUUUGUUUUCACGAUGUUUGGGGACUUAUUUGAAGAGGAUUUUUCCUUUAUAUCAAACAAUCAUUAUGGAAAAGGGAAGAAAUCCAAGGCCAGAGAUUCUGAGCUUCCAGCUCCCAGGGAUUUCACCAAUCUCAGUGGUAUCAAAAAUCAAGGUGGGACCUGCUACCUCAAUUCCCUUCUGCAGACUCUGCUGUUCACUCCAGAAUUCAGAGAGGCACUGUUCUCUCUAGGACCUGAAGAACUUGGGACUCUGGAUGAUGUCAGCAAACCAGAUGCAAAAGUUCGGAUAAUUCCACUACAGCUUCAACGGUUAUUUGCUCAGCUCCUGCUCUUAGAUCAGCAGGCUGCAUCUACAACAGACCUUACUGAGAGCUUUGGUUGGAACAGCAACGAGGAAAUGAGGCAGCAUGAUGUGCAGGAACUGAAUCGGAUUCUGUUCAGUGCUUUGGAGACUUCCCUUGUGGGCACUUCAGGUCAUGACCUUAUUAAUCGAUUGUACCACGGGACUGUUGUCAACCAGAUUGUUUGUAAAGAAUGCAAGAACAUCAGUGAGAGACAGGAAGAUUUCUUAGACCUAACAGUGGCAGUAAAAGGUGUAGCUGGCUUGGAGGAGGCCCUGUGGAACAUGUAUGUGGAAGAGGAGUACUUUGAAAAUGAGAACUUGUAUCAAUGUGGAGCCUGUGAUAAGCUCGUUGAAGCAUCAAAGUCGGCCAAACUACAUAAGUUGCCUCCCUUUCUCACCAUCUCUCUCCUGAGGUUUAACUUUGACUUUGAGAAGUGUGAACGAUACAAGGAAACUAGUUGCUAUACCUUCCCUAUCCAGAUAAAUCUGAGACCUUUUUGCGAGCAGACUGAAAUGGAUGAUUCAGAGUACAUGUAUGAGCUCUUCUCUGUUAUUAUACAUAAAGGUGGCUGCUAUGGAGGACACUAUCAUGUUUAUAUCAGAGAUGUGGAUGAAUUAGGAAACUGGCAAUUACAAGAAGAUGACGAUAGGCUGAUUGAAGAUAAACCUUCAAGGGAUAAUGAAAAUGUCAAAGAAGCAGAAAAUCCACUGGCAGUGUUGAAAGGGAUAUUAUCAGAGGAAGAAUGUAAACAAAUCCCUGUGGAUCAGUUAGGGCAGAAAUUCUUGGAGAAAAUAAAGGUGUCCUGGAACAAGAAAUACCGAAAACAGUAUGGAGCAUUACGAAAGUAUUUGCAGAAUCAUCCCCAGAUAUUUCAGUUCAGCCCUGAUGAAAAUAAAGUUGGUUUAAAGGAAAAAUACAAGCUCCCAUUUAAGUCAGAUUUUCAAGGACAGGCUUUCCAAAGCCCUCCUGAGGAGAAUGGUAUCCAGUGGGAUUCUGAAAAAGCACCUCCAAGGCUAAAGGAGAGUUGUGCUGGGAACCAUUGGUUUGAUCUGAAUGAUUCGAAAGUCCAGCCCAUCAAAGAGGAGGAUAUUGAGAAACAAUUUCAGGGUAAAGAGAGUGCCUACAUGCUGUUCUAUCGCAAGUCUCAGCUGAAAAGACCUCCUGAAGCUCGAGGAAAUCCAAGGUACCAAAUUCCUGAACAUCUUCUGAAUGAAAUGAAUGCUGCUAAUAUGGAGCUGCAAAAAAAGAGAGCGGAGUGCGACUCGGCAAACAACAGCAUUGAUAUACGUCUCCAUCUGAGCACAUGUUAUAAAUUUCACAAUGGGGCCUUGCAUCCUUCCCUUAGCUGGAAGGAGAGCAUUCUGGAUCUGACUGUUGACAGAAGAAAAACUCUAGGAGACCUUCGACAAUCAAUAUUCCAGAUGAUGAAAUCUUGGGAAGGAGACAUGGUUCUCAGUAGUGCUAAGCCCUUACCAGCAGGACUGCACCUUUAUCAGAUACUUGAUGGAGAUGAGCUGACAUUGGACUGCUUUGGGCUGGCUGAUGGAGCAGACAUUUUUGUCUGGAAUGGGAAGGAGGUUGGUGGCGUGAAGGUGAUGGCAGGCCCCGAUCAUGAACCUGUUCUUUUAAACAUUCUUCGUUUGGUGGAUUAUAAUGAAGGAGGGAAGGGUCAGCAUUUCACAGAAUCACAGCACGUUUUUCCAUGCAGCGCGAAACUCAGUGAUCUGUGCAGAGCCUUGGCACCAUCAGGAGGAAUAAUCUUAAGAAAUGACUCGGGGCAUAAAGAAACCAAGAACUGGGAGGUUCUUCUUGAAGAACACAUGAAGGAAACAAUCAAAACUGUUGGUUUGACAGAUGGAUGUUCGGUAUUGAUCUUGGACAGCCAUGACCAGAGCUUGGUGAAUAUUUCAAGUGGUAAUUUGACUGCUUUUACGUACGACAUCAGCUGGCUCCAGGUGAAAAACUUCUGUGGAACAGAUGAUGAAGAGAAGCACGUUAAAAUUACUGCCACUAUUGAAACAGUGAUGGCAGAUAUCAAAAUGAAAGCAAUACAUGAGCUACAGCUAGAGGAAGAGCUAGCAAGUGAAAGCUGUCUUAGACCUGUUAGCAGAAAUGGGAAACUUCUCUCUCCAGUGCCUGAGGAUUAUACUGUCAAGGAGGCAGAACUGAAAAUGGGAAGCUUGCUAGCGCUGUGUCGUGGAAAAGCUCCAACCUCCACUCAGCUCUUUUUAUAUUUUAUUAUUGAACGUGACCACUAUACAAGCCCUGAGAUGGAAAUAGUUGUGGAAGAAACUGCCUCUGUGAAAGAAUGUCUAAAUUUAAUGCUGGAAAAAUCUGGAUUAUCAGGUGACAGCUGGCAUUUGAGAAGGAUGGACUGGUGCUUCGAAGCAGGAGAGGCUUUAAGUCAGGAAGAUGCUACUCUGAAGGAACUUAAUGUUUGCAGGGGAGAUACUUUGGUUGUAACUGAAGGGAAGCUUCCCUCAAAGGGUUUCUUGAAGAUACCGAUCUGGUGGUUGAAGUCUUCAAGUCAAACGAAACACAGAGAGAAGGCACGAGACCAGGUGAAUGGGCUGACCUGUAAGAUGGAUGCUUUGCAAGUGUCUCCUGCAGGAGAUUCACCAGAAUGCAUCCAGGCAGACACGGAUCUGUGCUAUGCUGGCAUUACAGAAAUAGCAGGCGAAUCUUCUUUGGAAGAUCUGAAGAUGCAGGCUCUGACCUUACCGCAGUGCCCAGAGCAUGUUAUCCCACUGCCCACGUUUCUCAGAGCCUGGACAGUGGAAAGCAGGAGACCAGGCAGGCUGCUACGGCACAACAAGCAGCCACUCAGAGAAUAUAAGCUGGAUGCCAGAGUGGAAAUCUGCAUAGAACCUUUGCAGAAAGAAGAGAACCUGGGCCCACGUGAAUUGCUGCUUCGAGUACAGAUGGGAAUACCAGGGGAAAGGGACUACUACGACUCCAUGGAUUUGGUGUGGAAUAUCUCCAAAGAAUGCACUACCUGGGCGCUGAGGCAAAGAGUGGCUUCUCACUAUUGUCUCCCUGUAGAUAAAAUUGAAAUAGCCAAAUACUUCCCUGAAAAAUUUGAGUGGCUGCCAAUAUCUAGCUGGACCCAGCAAAUUUCAAAGAGAAAACGGAAGAAAAAACAGGAGAGCUUACUGUCAGCACCAUAUCACCUGAAAGAUGGAGACAUCAUUGGGGUGAAGAACCUUCUCCUUGAUGACAGUAAGGACUUCAGCACGGUGAGAGAUGAUGUUGGAAAACAGAAGCAAAGGCAGCUUGCGUUAGAAAAAAAGAAAAGUCGGCAAGCUGAAUGCUCCCAGGACCAUGUUCUAUCUGAGGAAAAACUGAGUAUUAAGCAUCGUAAACCAGAAGUGGCUCUUUCCAUCAAUGUGGGAGUUUUCAGAUAGCAGCGGGGGAUGAUUCGCUGACCAGACCAUAGCACCAAUGUGCUACAUGCGAGUGCCUCAACUGGACCAGCAAGAGGGGUGCUUGUGCUCAGAGAGUGAUCAAGAAUCACCGAGACAAACUGGAUGUAAGAUUCAGGAUAUCUCUGAUCUGCUUCUAAUCUCUCUGAGGAAGUGCUUCAGCAUCCCUUAAUCGACGUGGGACUUAUUCUCAGGCUGGGUAAACGCACUUUAUCCAUGAGAAAACUGAUUAAUAUAUUGAAUUACCUUUCGAUGACUGACUGUUUUUAACCAUGUUAAAUGCUUCUUUUGUCAGAUGCUGAUGCACCGUCACCACAAAGUUAGCUGCGUUUUUGAAUGCAGUCUUAGAUGUCUCUUUCUAGAAGUCACUUUCCCUUCUCUGAUCACUGAGAUUUUUAACAAUACCAGAAUUUACUUUUGCCUCUUUAUAUAAAAACAUAAAUCUGUAGUAACUUUUCUUGGUGUCACACAGUUGAUUUACAGCCCCUGUCACAGAAUGGGACACAUGGCAGCCAACUGGCAGCUGAACUCAGUAUCAAAGGUUCUUAAAUAUUAAGUGAAGCAUCUACUAAAUGCUUGUAAGAAUGGAUCUCAUGUUAGCCAAUUUCUCAUCAGGUCCAGACCAUUCUUUGAGUACAAGUACUGACAAAUUAACCAGAGUUCUUUAUAGAGUUAAUUGGUUGUAAUCAAAUUCUAAGCAUAUUUUCAAUGAUAAAGUGAAGGUGGAAUAGUGGAAAGUAACAGAAGCGUUUCCAUGUGUUGUGUUUGCCUUGCACUGCUGUGCAAAUUGACUGUUGUAUCAAAAUGAAGUCUGGUGGUGGGACACUACAAAGCCUUGUUGAACUGCACAGGUGUCUGGAAACCUGUUCUGAGGUGAGCAAAGCACUGUUCAGCAGUAACUGUUGAACCCUUAUUUAAAACUGGGAUAAUGAGUAAACAAAUGCAGUUAAUCUGGGGAUGCUGCUGUGCUUGAUCUAUACAACAGGCUAUUAAAACUCUGGCUAAAUGUGAGAAAAGGAUUUUGGCAUUGAGGACAAUUUGAAGACCAAAAUUGACACUCUUAGUUAUGAACAAAAGCAAGCAAAAAAGAAUUAAGGCCACCUCUCAGUCUUUAAGCACAUAUGAAUCUUCAUUUUUCUUAGGUAUCUUUAAAAUCCAGCAGAUGCUUCUGGGCUUUUAAGGCUGUUUCCACCAAGGCUCCUUGGUGUUUUAAUUUAACUUUUCUCCCCUAAUUUCUGGUUGUAGGUGUGCUACUUCAGAUAGGUUAUUUUCUGAUUGAGAUGAGAGCAGCCAAUUUAUUUCCUUUCCAGCUCUGCCUGCUUGCCCUAACUUACUUUGCAGAGCCUUCUUUCAUAUCAGCUGAUGUUCUUCUGAGCCAGGGUUUACAUAAACUAUGACACGUGCUGAUUACGAAGAUAAAGGAGAAAGCAUUUUGUUUGCAAGCUGCUCCACUUGCUUUGCUGUCACUUUAACUCCUCCAGUUCCAAUCUGGACUGCUCUUUUGAGCUUAACCUUCCUGACUGCUUUGUGAUAAUUCCAAUUUCCUCUUGAAGCCUUUGGAGGAAUUCAGGUAGGGAUUAUAAAGUACUGACAUGGCAAUUCUGGUAUGUGCCUUUGUUGAAGUGUCAUGUAGCAGCUCCUGCACUGAACCAAUCUUGAAUUAUUUCUGAUGUCCGCUCAAAAUGCCUAUUUUUUUUUCUUAAAACUAUUGCGGAUUGAUCCACAACGGAAGAAUGAAUUGAAAAGAGGGUGGGGGAAGGGAAAACCUUUUAAAAUUGGACUUUUUGUGAUUCCACACUUUGUGAUGGUUAUAUUCCAAAGCCUAGAAGGACUUUCAUCUUUAUUUUUCAAGUGUUUUUCGCAAAAUAAAGAGUGGUUUCCAGA